GAGGUUGGGCAUUUGGGAGCUCCGCUCUGUUCAUUUCGUUACUCUCUUCCGUUCUUCAGAUCUCGGUUAAGAGGAGAGGGGAAAGGCGACAGAUCGAUUCAGGGGAAGAUGCUGCCGACCGUGUCGAAGGGACGCGCACCCUCCGGCGCGCGGCCUGCUCCGGUGCUGGCCCAGUACCUCCGCCGCAUCGUCAAGUGGCAACAAAUGGAUAUAGAGUAUUCAUUCUGGCAAAUGCUCCAUCUCUGCACCUCCCCUAAAGUUGUCUAUCAGCACACAAAGUAUCAUAAACAAACAAAGAACCAAUGGGCCAGGGAUGAUCCUGCUUUUGCUGUAAUCUUCUGUAUUUUCUUGAUACUUGCUACUUCAGCGUACUGUGCUGCGUAUGGUGAGAAUUUGGUUAAUUCUGUCUUCACCGUUAUUUCAGUUCCUUUCUUCCAUUUCUUGUUAGCAGGAACUAUUUUGGCAACAUCUUGUUGGUUUCUGACUAAUACAUACAUGCGUGAGGAGGCUACAAGCAGUCAUGUAGUGGAGCAACGAGUUGAAUGGCUUUAUGCUUUUGAUGUUCACUGCAACUCUUUCUUUCCAGCAUUCAUCAUGCUCUAUGUGCUUCAAUACUUCAUAUCACCUCUCUUAGUGGUGCAUGGUUUCUUCCCAAUGCUGGUGUCGAACCUACUCUUCAUGGUGUCCAUUUCCUACUAUCACUAUUUGAAUUUCCUUGGCUAUGACGUACUUCCAUUUUUGGACAAAACAACCUUCUUUCUGUAUCCAAUUGGACUUGUGAUCAUCUUGUCCCCACUCAUGAUUCUUAGUGGUUUCAACCCAACAAGAUAUAUCAUGAACUCGUACUUCAGCUAGCAAAUCUACAUUGACGGAGUGAGAUACUUUCUCAAUGAUACCUCACUAAUUUCAAACGAUAAGCAAACUUUGUAUCGAUUUUAAAUGAAUCAGUUUUUGUAAAUGAAAUUUGAACGAUGAGGUGUUGAAGCUUUUGUGCAAGAGUGAGUUGUUAGUCAUGAAGAAGAAUUAGGGAUUAGGGAGUUUAUAUAGAUAUUAUUUAUUUCUUUAGUGAUUCAUUAUGUGCAUUUAGAGUUUAUCUAAUGACAAUUUUAUCUUGGCUGGAAAACUUUCAAGCCUCUGUAAA